AUGGGCGUGACUGUGCACCACAACUUCAGCGGCCUUCUUGAUCUACCUCUGCUACAGGAGUCCUCAAACAACAUUAAAACCGUCUUCGAAAAAGAAGCUGCACAACUGAUUGAACAGAAGCUGAAGCAGGGUCUUCUGCCCGCUAACUUUGAGCUUCUGCUGAACACUCUAAAGCGGGAAAAAGCUCGCGGAGUAAGAACGGCCGCUAAUGGCCGUGAAGCCGACUCC